UUGGCCACUGGUCUGGAGGAAAGGAGCUCCCUGGGUUCUGGGGUUGGAAGGAGGCGCUGCUGGUUUGCAGGGGUACGAGGUCCUCAGACCAGAGGUUGGGUCAGGAGCUUGAAAGGGGACCAGAAGGGAUGUGGAGUGGUCCUUGGCCAGGAAUAAAUGGGUGGUCUGAUAGCAGGAGAGAAUGGGAUUAAGGUAGCAGUCCCGACUGUAGGACAGACGGAGACGACUGGUGGCCCGGGAGACAGGCAGGGGCAGUAGCCUGAGGAACAGUGGCUAGUUAGUCGUGUCCUCAAUGUAGAUGGGCUGGUUCCAUAGUAAUGAAACCCCCGCCGAGGACAUCCACCACUGGGGCAGCCCGAGUGGGUGUGAAGGUCUGGGGAGCAGAGUCCUCAACCCAGAGGAGACUGACCUAGUUCCCCAGCUGGGGAGGGGUGAUGCCAAGACAGGGCUGGAGUGUGUUCUUCUACGGCUGAGAGGAGACCCAGAGAGGGCUUCCAGGAUGGUCAGCCAGUGAGAGCUGGUGAGCCAGGUCGGUCGUCGGGAGAAACAGAUUUGAACGGAGCCAGCUGGGAGCUGCUCCCAGCAGUCAGGUAUUGAGCUUGUCAGUUGGAAGCAAUUAGUGUCUUCUAGACGAAGAAACAACCAGAGAGGGUUAGUCUGAUGUGCCGUUGGCCGGGGGCAAACAGGCAGCCCGCCCUGCCUUUAACCAGGGACAGAGACGAGCAGACAGCCUGUGACCUGGAGAUGGCGGUGGGGUCAGCCUGAGCCAGCUGCAGGGUCAGUUGGGGCACUGUAGAGCCAGUGGGCUAGAGGUGGAGGUCGUGUCGUGUAGCAGAGAUGGGCAGCUAGUUGGAGACGGUGUCAGGUGGUCAGCCUGACCCUUAGAGGCUGGCAGGACGCUCAGAUGGCUGGUGGUCUGUUGGUCUGAACCCCAUAUGAUAAGUAAUCAGAGACAGCCAAGCCCUUGGAUACCCAGCUUCACCGUCCUCUCACCUGAGUGGUCCGAUGGCGGCCUCCCAGCUGGCAGCACUGGAAGGAACGGAGUCGGGCGCUGGGGGGCUGCCCCUCACUGAGGCCAGCCCCAGCUGCCUGUACUCCGAGGGCCAGCGGCUGGCGCUGGAGGCUCUGCUGAGCAAGGGCGCAGACGCGUUUGAGGCCUGCCUACAGCGCGAGGGGCUGCGGCACUUCCUGAGUGGAGAUGAGGUCCGGGGCCUGGAGGCGGCAGCCGAGGACUGGACAGCAGCCAAGCAGGAGUCUGGCAGGGCAGCUGAUGGAGCCACCGCUGCUGACGGGGACUUGGGCAGCCUGACCUACUGGCCUGGACAGUCGGAGGAGCCAGUGCCCAUGCUGCGGCUGGGCUGGCCGGAGGACUCGGCCUGGAAGGGUAUCACCCGGGCACAGCUGUACACUCAGCCGCCUGGUGAGGGCCAGCCAUCCCUCAAGGAGCUGGUGCGCCAGGAAAUCCAGGCCGCCCACAAGCUGGUGGCUGUAGUCAUGGACAUCUUCACUGACCCAGACCUGUUUUCGGACCUGGUGGAUGCAGCCACACGCCGCCGGGUGCCCGUCUACCUGCUCUUGGACCGUCAGCAGCUGCCUGCCUUCCUGACACUGGCCCAGCAGAUGGAGGUGAACCCCUGGGCCACUGAGAAUCUGGACAUCCGAGUCGUACGGGGCUGCAGUUUCCAGAGCCGCUGUGGUCGGCAGGUGAGCGGCAAUGUUCAGGAGAAGUUUGUGCUGCUGGACAGCGAGAGGGUCGUCUCAGGAUCCUACAGCUUCACAUGGAGUGACUCACGCCUGCACCGGGGCCUGGUGACUCUGCUGACCGGUGAGAUUGCCGAUGACUUCAGCCGUGAGUUCCGGACACUGUAUGCAGCCUCCUGGCCACUCCCGCCCGCGCCCACCCCAGGACCCUUUGUCAGAGCCCCGGGGGAGCUGCAGCUGGCGCACAGCCCGCACCGUGUGGCCCACCGCCGCUCCAUGGCCCCCGCAUUGCCGCCACCACUACCUGAUGGCUCGCUGGCCCAGCGCCUGGCCGCCUGCCGGAUCUUCAAGGAGGACUGGCAGGAGACCCCAGCCAUGCCAGGGCCAGCUCUCAGCGACAUCCUGAGGAGCGUACAGCGCACCCGGACCCCCAGUGGCCCCCCGGCUCGGCCCAGCCGCUCUCUAUGGGACCUGAGCCGCCUGUCCGAGCUGUCAGGCUCCAGUGACGGUGACAAUGAGCUCAAGAAGUCCCGGGGCUCCAAGGACACCCCAGCCAAGGCCCUGAUGAGGCAGCGGGGCACUGGAGGGGCUCCCUGGGGUGAGGCAGACUCCCGUCCGUUGGCCUGGUCCCAGCCCUGGGGCAGCACCCUGUCCCCCAUCCCUGCCCGCCGCCUCCGCUACCUGUCCCCGACCCAAAGGAGGCUUGGUAAAGAUGCUGCAUGCAAACUCCCAGAACCCAGAGGCGUUCGGCAGCCAGACCGGGCCGCCCAGCCAGGAAUCCAGGGGUGGCCCUGACAGAAGCCAAAGCCAAAUGGGACUGGCCUGUCUCAGGAUAUUUGGACAACUGUCACUUGAAGCCCCUAGCCUUGCUAUCAUGCCUUGGACAAGGCUUCUGGCCUCAGCGUCUGGGAAGCGGAAAGGGGUUUUAUUUUUGUUUUUGUUUUUUUCACUUGUUCUAGACCGUGGGCAAGCCCCAGUGCCCACUCUAGACCUCAGUGUCACAGCCUAGAAAAUGGGCAGAAAGUCUCCUCUGGCUGGGAGCUAGAACAGCACACAUCCUUUUCUGGCUGGAUCAGAACUUCUCUGAGGAAAGGCCUGGCUGAGUGGCUCCCAGGCUGGAAUUGUGUGGGGUGAAGAUGGGGAGUCCCUGAGACAAAGGGGAAACUUCUGCACCCACUGUGCUCAGGAGCUGAGGAUAAACUGAGCUUGGCUGGGGAGAGGAGAGAGCCCCAUCCAGGGCCCAGUGCUGAAUCGGGAGGGACUGGAAAUCGGUGAGGACACACCUGCUGGGGAACAGGCCAAGGCCAUGGAGAGGGACCCAGCAGGAGCUGGGACUGUUUUGUGGGUACCAGUGGGUGAAUUGUUGGGGCUGCCUUUUACCUCUGCCUAGAAUAAAGCUGCUUCAUGCCAGGAACUUGCAUUUCCACAGCCCAGUGGGAGGCCCAGGAGUCCAGGCCCCCAGCCCCCUCCUCCCCCAAGGAUCCAGGAGUCGAGGCCGCAGCACCCUCACCCUGGGGAAGUCGGGUGCCCAGCGCUGGCCUCCCUGCCCUACCUUUGCCUCUGGGCGAGACUUCC